CCUAAGCUUUGACAAGUGGGAAGGACAAAAACGGACAUGAAAUCUGUGGAAAAUUGGCCGAAUGUGAGGCCACAAAUGUCCAGGAGUAAGACUGGAGCCUUCUUUUGCGUGCAAUGACCCUUCUAGCGGUGCUGAGUCGGCUUGUCCGUAACACAGUCUUCAAAUAUGAAACCGUUGCCUUCGUGGUCGCCGUGCUGUUUUUGUACAGUUACGUAUUCCACCGAGAUCAACUACGGAGCGUGUUCAACAGAGCGCGCUCGUCUGUGCAGAAGAGCCGUAUAAAGGCUCUACCAAACGGCGGGGCGGUGCCGAGACGACCCGCUUCUGUACCUCUAACCUCGGACAGAUUUGGCAAGGAUAAAGGGCCAAGACAGUGGGAAUUACGGGAGGACAAUGUUGCUGUUUAUUCGAUCCAGGGACGUCGACCUAGAAUGGAGGAUAGAUAUGAUUUUGUACACGACAAGAAUCACUCUGGUGUGGCCAUGUAUGGCAUUUUCGACGGGCAUGGCGGAGCGUUUGCAGCAGACUUUACGGAGAAACUUCUUUCCCAGUCGGUGAUGGCCAGACUGCUACGGAAUCUUCUCAACGACGGGAAGGCAAAUCACUCCCAGAUCCUCAUCGAGGAAAUCCUUGCGUUGGACGAGAAGUUUCUGACCGUGGCUCGAUCCAACAAUGAUAUUGCAGGUACGACGGCAUUGGUGGCGCUUCUCUCUGGUGAUGAGCUGACUGUCGCCAACGUUGGUGAUUCCCGCGGUGUCAUGUGCGACCAAGAUGGUAGAACUAUCCCCCUAUCGUUUGACCACAAGCCCCAGCUUCCUCAGGAGCGCAAACGCAUCAAGAAAGCCGGCGGCUUCAUCACGUUCAACGGCGUGUGGCGCGUGGCGGGAAUCCUCGCAACCUCCCGCGCCAUCGGAGACUACCCUUUAAAAGACCGUAAGUUUGUCGUCGCUGAUCCGGACAUACAGACAUUUGACCUCGCCGAGGUCAAACCGCAGUUCCUGAUUCUAGCCAGUGAUGGUUUGUGGGACGCCUUCAGCAAUGAGGAGGCUGUGAUGUAUGUGAAAGAGAGGCUGGAUGAGCCUCAUUUUGGAGCCAAGAGCAUCGUCCUCCAAGCGUACUACAGGGGGUCGCUGGACAACAUCACUGUAAUGGUGAUCAAUUUCAAAGCAGUAGCUAAGAAAGACUAGGGAGAAUCGAAGCACUACCCCUCCCGCGGCUCUGGACUGCAGAAAGGUACAUUACUCCAAGAGUUUAUUACGGCCCCCAGGUGGGGAAGGGGUUGCUAAGUGAUCUGAUCUACUCAGCGACGACGAUGAUGUUUGAUGGUGGUAUCACUUGACCUCUAGAUUGACACCAGAUGUCUCGAGAAUGAGAAGCGCUUUUUUAGCUGGGGAAUCAAUUACCGGGAGUUGGCUUCAGAAAUACCUCAAGGAAUUGGAGAGAGAUUCACAGGAAUUCAUUAGAUUCUCGGCUUUGAAGCCUUCAGUAGAACUUUUUUAAUGGAUUCAAAUACUUUAUAAUAAAAUCUAUCAAAUUGUGAUGCCUAAAUUUCAAAAUUAAUUUAGAACUUUGCAGCGAAACUGCUUUGAAGAGAUUGUCUAUUUUUAGCAACCUCUCCCCUAAAUUGGUGCCCUGGUGUGAUUGCUUGUUCUAAGGUCAUGAUGAAUAACACAGUAGAUGCCGAGAGGUUAGUUUUCAAGACAAGUUAAAGACACUGGACAUCUUUGGUGAUUGUUAAAGACCAGUCUUCUCACUUGGUGUAUUUCAACAUAUG